AUGAGUGCGUCAAAAGGGAAUGUUCGAAGAAAUAGACCCCAAAAACAUCAAAAUAGAACUGCCUUCAGAAAUGAUUUACACGACACAAGCAAGAAGACAAAAUCGCUUAACGCAUUGCAAGUUUCUGGAGUAUGUACGCGCUGCAAGGAAAUAAUUGAAUGGAAAAUCAAGUACAAGAAGUAUAAACCUCUUGCAGCUCCUAGAAAAUGUGUUGGAUGUGAUCAAAAGACUGUUAGACAGGCUUACCAUAUUUUUUGUAACAAGUGUAGUACAGAGAAACGUGUUUGUGCUAAAUGCUGUAAAUCAUCAGAGGAAACAUCAAUAGUUCCCGAAAUUCAACAAGAACAGCCAGCUCAAGAUAAGGAUCUACAGGCCAUGAUGAAAAAUUUGCCUGAAAGAAAAAGAAGAACUAUUCUUCGGUAUUUGAAAAAACAAGAAGGAGAACAAACACCUUUACAGAUCGAGAAAUUGAUGUCAGACAUGUUGAAACUGGAUGAUGAUGACUUCUUUGAUGAUCUAUUGAGUGAUGAAUGUUCAGAUGUAACAGAUUGA